AGUACAGAUGGGGAUAUAUAUGUAUAUAUAACCCAUCCAAAGCCCGAACCCUAGCACAUUCAGGCCUUGGCAUCCAUUCCUCUGCCAGCACUCCUCUUACAUUCCAUUGUUUUGUGCCUGACUGCAAAGUUUUGCUUUAGCCAUGUCACAUACUGCUGUACAGGGAAGCAUGGGGAGUCGCUAUGCCACGGGAAUGAGUUCCCACAGAAUAUAUCUGUUCGAGUACGAGAAUUUCCAAGGGCAAAUGAUGGAGCUAAGUGGACAGUGUCGUAAUGUCUGUGAGAAGGGGCUGAACCGUGUAGGCUCCAUCAGAGUGGAGUGUGGGCCAUGGGUUGGUUAUGAGCAACAAAACAUGAGUGGUGAGAUGUUCAUGCUGGAGAGAGGCGAAUACCCUCGCUGGGACACUUGGUCCAACAGCUAUCGUUGUGAUCGUCUCAUGUCUGUCCGGCCAGUUCGAAUGGACCCUCAGGACCAUAAGAUCUGUCUGUAUGAGUCCAUGAACUUUGAUGGCCGUAAGAUGGAGGUUUGCGAUGAGGACAUCCCAAGUUUGUGGUGUCAUGGCUUUCAGAACAGAGUCGCCAGCAUCCAAAUGAAUGGUGGAACGUGGGUUGGAUAUCAGUACCCUGGCUAUCGUGGAUACCAGUACCUGUUUGAGUGUGGACCAUAUAAGCAUUGGAACGAAUGGGGUGCCAAUCACCCCCAGAUCCAGUCUGUGCGUAGAGUGAGGGACAUGCAGACGCAUCACAGAGGCUGCUUUGAGAUGAUGGCAUAGGUGAUGACAUGACAUGGACAAGUGGACACAGCAGGGUGGAAACUCAAUGGAAUGUAAAAUCAUCUCUCACCAUAAGGAGAUCAUCAACGGAGAUAAUCAGAACAUAAACUGUCUAUUGUGAUGAAAACACUGCAAGCAUAAUACUGUAAUAUGUGUGCACAUUCUCACUACUGGUUGCAAAAGCAUAACAGUUUUGCUUUCAUCUAUACAGCCCCUCUUUUAUUUAGUUAUUUAUGACACUCUUAUAUAUUUCUUAACAUUUAAAUUUUACCUUCAUUCGAUUAUAUCAGAUGAAAUCUCUCUUGUCAGGCAUUUUCACUGACCCAAAAGGAGGUGCAAUGCACUCUAAGCAUAUGCCAAACUUAGAGCUUUCACCUCUUUCGUCCAGUGGAAUUGCGCAAAAUAAUCUCAUCGAGGCAAGUUUGAUCGAAAUAGGAGAACUCCAUUUUCUCUUCCAGAUUUGGGAUCCCCUUAUCUCUGACAAUGAGGAGGUCCUGUUACACUAUCUUUCUCAGGGAUGCUGGCAUCUACAAAGAAAUUAGCUAUAAACAAAAUAAAAGAUGUUAAAGCUAAA